CCAAUCAGGACCCGAAAAAUCUGCCAAAACCGGAAGUCGUCAUAGCUGGCAGAGCCGGAUUCCCGCGAAGAUUCAGACCUCUCAGUCGGUGAAUUACUGCUCAUUUUCCAGCACCAUGAGUAAAAGGAAAACAAAAGCUGUUCACCUGCCGGUGGGAGAAUGCAUCACACAGGUUCAGGAGAUUUUGAGGGAGCGUCUUUGUCAUCAGCAGCUCCCCGACAGGCUGGAGGGAGUGGAGGCUCAGCACAAACACCUCCUGGAGCUGCUGAAGCGGACGGCCGUCCACGGGGAGAGUAACUCGGUGCUAAUCGUGGGUCCCAGAGGAGCAGGAAAAACAAUGCUGCUCAAGUGUGUGCUGAGAGACCUGAUGGAGGAAAAAGAGGCAGAAAAAAACCUGCUGCAGGUUCAUCUCAAUG